AUGAAUUGCCCUUCACGCGUCGACCCGAUCAUGCCGGACGGAUGGAACCAGAAUCCUAACGCCCUCAAUGCCGAUUCAACGACGAGAGCGGAUAUGAACCGCAUCGCCAAUGCGCGCACGCGACAGGACCACCGGAUAGAUCCUGCAGACGGGGCUGCGAGCGAGAUGGAGCUGAGCGAACGACCUGCUGAAGAGGAGGGACUGGGCGGGCGCAGGGAGGGAGCAGGAAAGGGGAGUGUUGGUGUUGGAGAGAAGGGGUUCACGAGGAACACUGGCGCUGCGACUGCGGGCGAGGUUGCUGGUGGCGAGAACGGGGAUAUGCGAAGAGAGGGUUUGCGGGUGGGAGUGGUGGGCGGGCUGGGAAGAAAGUGCUGGCUGUACUGCGCAAGCAACUACGCUACCGACGUCGCUGCUGGGGCUUCGUUCCGCUUCAAACUCCUCUUCAUCGUCCUCAUGUCCAACAUCUUCGCAAUCUUCCUCCAGUCACUAUGCAUUAAGCUGGGUUCCGUCACCGGAAUGAACCUCGCUGAGAAUUGCAAGGCUCAUCUGCCCCCGUGGCUGAACUACGUCCUCUACUUCUUCGCGGAGAGUGCCAUCAUCGCUACUGACAUUGCAGAGGUCAUCGGCACAGCAAUCGCACUGAACAUCUUGAUCAAGGUCCCGCUAGUCGCAGGAUGCGCCAUCUCCAUUGUCGAUGUCCUCAUCAUCUUGAUCUUCUACCGCCCCUCGGGCUCCAUGCGCGCGCUGAGGACUUUCGAGAUCUUCGUCAUGUGUCUCGUGCUCGGUGUGGUGAUCUGCUUCUGCUUUGAGCUCAGCAAGAUAAAAGCGCCCGUGGGAGACGUGUUUCAUGGCUUUGUCCCGUCUUCCACGCUUAUACAGUCUCAAGCACUAUACCAAGCCUGCGGCAUCCUCGGCGCAACAGUAAUGCCCCAUUCCCUCUACCUGGGCUCGGGCAUCGUCCAGCCUCGCCUCCGCGAAUUCGACGACGCCCACCAACCCAACUCCACAGUCGACAUCCCCGACGAUGCCUCCAUCAACUCCGACAUUAAGUAUAAGCCCAGUUUGGCCGCCAUCCAGGCUUGCAUGUCCUACUCCAUCGCUGAACUCGCCAUCUCCCUCUUUACCUUCGCCCUCUUCGUCAACAGCGCUAUCCUCAUCGUCGCGGGCGCCUCCCUCUACGACCACCCCGAAGCCGACAACGCGGAUCUCUUCUCCAUCCACGACCUGCUCGCCCGCUCUAUCGCACCCGUCGCAGGGACGCUGUUCGCUCUAGCGCUGUUGCUGAGCGGCACGAGCGCCGGCAUCGUGUGCACGAUUGCUGGGCAGAUCGUCAGCGAGGGCCAACUGAACUGGACGGUGAAACCCUGGCUCCGGCGUUUGAUCACGAGAGCUAUCUCCAUUACGCCGAGUAUCAUCAUUGCGGGCGCGGUGGGAAGAGAGGGCCUGGGCAGGGCCCUCGAGGGCAGCCAGGUUGCGCUUAGAGCCAGUAUAUGA